UGCAGAAACUGACCCCGACUCUCUCUGUUGAUAUGGCAACUUCCCGAUUGAGAUGAUUAUCUCCUGAGUUUCCUGACAGCCUCAAGUCGCUGUUUGGGUUUUUACUGUCUACGUGCAGUCGUUGUGAGGAUAGAAUGGCGAUGAUUUCAGGGUUCAUCUUUCUAUGCAUGCUCCAAGCAGUAACCCUUCAAGAUCUGACACCUCGUGGACCCCGGCCGUUCCCUGGACGGGGUGACAGCCCAGGACCGACUCAGCCGCCUCUCCCACCUACAGGUUGUCUGACUCGUAUCGUGGACUGUCCGGUAAAAGUGUUUUUCACCAUCGACACCUCGGAGACCAUCGCCUUACAGGAGUCCCCACCAGGGGCGCUGGUGAAAAAACUCAAGGAGUUCACCAAGAUCUUUGCCCAGAAGUUGGCUGAUGAGGAGUACAAGGGCCAGAUCAGGAUCACAUGGUCAGUAGGAGGCCAGAACUUCUCCCAGGAUCAGUGGGUCUUCAGCCAGUUCACAAAUAAAGAGAACUUCAUCAGGAACCUCGCCGGGGUCGAUUACCAGGGCAAAGGCACCUACACCGACUGUGCCAUCAAAAAUAUGAUCAAACAGUUUACUCAGUACAGCUCAGGGACCGACGACGUCCUCUUCUCAGUGUUCAUCACGGAUGGACAUGUGACAAGAAAUCCAUGUGGGGGGAUAAAGGCAAUGGCAGACAAGGCUCGAGAAGAAGGAAUCCAUACUUUCUCAGUGGCGGCGUCCAAGAUUAUCGAUGAAGUAGGGAUGAAGGAGAUAGCCAGCUCUCCGGUUGAAGUGUUCCAUGAUGACUACAUAGCUGUGGAUAUUGUUGAAGGAAAAUCGAGGAUAAUGAUCGAAUCCAUUGAUCGUAUCAUAAAAACCAUGAAAUAUCAAGCCUAUUUAAAAUGUUACAAGCCUAAAUGCUUUGAGUCUCCUGGGAUCCCUGGACCAGAAGGGUCUCGAGGUCCAAAAGGUCUAAAAGGAGGCACAGGACAAACGGGGCCAAAAGGUCAAAGGGGGAAUCAGGGGGAUCCUGGCAUUGAAGGUCCAAUCGGACAACCCGGUCCCAAGGGUAUGAUUGGUUUGAAAGGUGACAAGGGUGAAAUAGGAGCAGAUGGAGCAAAGGGAGUGGUAGGAGUACCUGGCAUGAAUGGAACUAAUGGUAGAAAGGGUCAUAUGGGCCGAAUUGGAGCUCCUGGUUGCAAAGGUGAUCCAGGUGACAAGGGACCAGAUGGUUUCCCUGGAGAUGUUGGUGACACUGGGCCUCCUGGGGACAACGGACAGAAGGGUGAUGCAGGUUUCCCUGGAAAGUCAGGUCCACCUGGUGCUAGGGGGGACAUAGGACCAAAGGGUGAAAGAGGAAAUCCUGGAAAUCCAGGGCCACCGGGAAAAAAGGGAGAAGUGGGGAUUCCUGGAACUAUUGGACCAAAUGGCGAAACGGGAAGGAGAGGAGACGAAGGGAAGAAGGGAGCCCAAGGUCCUGACGGGAUAAAAGGAGAGAGGGGAGAACGAGGAUCACAUGGAGGCAGAGGUCGGUCUGGUGAGGACGGACUCAAGGGUGCAAAGGGAGACCAAGGACUGCCUGGACCGAGGGGUCAUUCAGGAGAAACAGGGGGCCCAGGAGAAAUUGGCACUGUGGGAGAUCCUGGAGACCCUGGACCAAGGGGAGACUCUGGAGUCCCGGGACCAAAGGGUGACAAAGGAAGACAAGGAUUUAGCUAUCCUGGAGCGAGAGGAGCCACUGGAGACAGAGGCAAUCCAGGAAGAGCAGGACCUAGGGGGGGCAGAGGUGACUGUGGUGCCAAAGGACAACCUGGAGAUAAAGGAUCUCUAGGACAACCUGGGGAACCAGGUCAGCUAGGUCAGCCAGGAGACAGGGGACCCAGAGGCGACCCUGGACCUGAUGGAGGCCCAGGUCCAGAGGGGGAUCCUGGCCUCACUGACUGUGAUGUCAUGACUUAUAUCAGGGAGACGUGCGGUUGUUGUGACUGUGAGAAGCGCUGUGGACCUCUGGACAUUGUAUUUGUAAUCGAUAGCUCAGAAAGUGUUGGGCUGACAAACUUCACUUUGGAGAAGAACUUUGUUAUCAACACCAUCAACAGGCUGGGGUCUAUGGCCAGUGACCCUGCAUCUGUUACCGGUACAAGAGUCGGAGUUGUCCAAUUCAGUCACAACGGGACUUUUGAAGCCAUCCGUCUCGAUGACCCAAUGAUAAACUCCAUGUCUGCCUUCAAAGCGGCUGUGAAGAAUCUCCAGUGGAUUGCUGGAGGCACCUUCACGCCCUCAGCUCUGAAGUACGCUUAUGAUCACCUCAUCAGGGACAGCAAGAGAGCCCAGGCAAAAGUGUCCGUGGUGGUGAUCACAGACGGUCGCUUUGACCCCCACGACGAUGAAGAUCUGCUCAAAUACCUUUGCAACGACGACCGGGUGGUGGUGAACGCUAUCGGGGUUGGCGACAUGUUUCAAAGACAGCAGGAUGAUGAGAUCCUGGGGUCGAUAGCUUGUGACAGAAAGGAACGUGUUGCUCAGAUGAACCACUACAUCGACCUGGUGGCUGAGGACUUCAUAGAACAGAUGGAGACAGUGCUGUGUCCUGAUCCGGAGAUUAAGUGUCCUGAUCUGCCCUGCAAGAAUGAACCUGAUGUUGCUCCAUGCGUCCAGAGGCCGGUAGAUUUGGUAUUCCUGCUUGAUGGCUCAGAACGCCUCGGGAUUGAGAACUUCCGGUACGUCCGCGAAUUUCUGAUGGAGGUGGCAGACCGGCUUGUAAUGGCACAAAACAAGACGGACCGUAUGCGAGCUCGCUUGGCACUCACCGAGUUUGGCAAGGAGAACGAGAACCAUGUAGCCUUCCAACUCACUCAUGACCCCGCUCUCAUUGCAGCAGGCAUAGCCCGCCUGCCUUAUUUGGAUUCCUCCUCAAGCGUGGGGCCCGCCAUCUUACACGCCAUCGACAACAUCCUGAGUAAAGGAACGACUCGGCAGACCAGACGGAACGCGGAGGUUUCAUUCAUUUUCAUCACAGAUGGCAUCACGGACAGCAAGAACCUGGAGGAGGCGGUCAGUGCCAUGCGUGGUGCACAGGUUGUCUCCACGGUGAUGGCCACAGGAAGUGAUGUUGACCAUCAAGUCCUAGCGAAGCUGGCUAUGGGCGACAAAGACGCCAUCUUUAUGGUCAAAGACUUCUCACGUCUAACCCGGUCCAGUUUGUUUGAGCGUUUCAUCCGGUGGGUAUGUUAAUCAAAGACAACAUGGAUGCAAACAUCAUACUGGUGCUACACUGUACAAUCUGCUAAUUAAUCCACUGCACUGCUUUACUGCACUUAUCAGGAAAACUGUAUUCAUCCUCAGUAUUUUGAUAUACAACAGGACACGUCCAACAUGUUUAAUCAACCAUUGAGCUUUACUGAUUUUAAUAAACUUGUUGGGACACUGAA